CGGAAGUAGUUCUCUGGUAGCAGCAAAAGCUAAGCGAACAAAGUUUUGUUUCCCUUUGUCCUUCCAAUGUGCCUAUUCUAUCGGUUUUUCAGCGGAGCCACGGGGUUUUCUUUAAAUUGUGUUUGACAGUUUUAUUUUUGACUUUUGUUUAUUUUUAUUUUUUACAUUAUUCUUACUUUUCUUUUUCCCCCGACAGCUAAGCCUGUUAGCUAGACGGAAAUAGGAAACGGAGUCAGAGGCGGUUUCAUGGAGAACAGGCUGUUUCUGACGUUUAAGGACAGAAAAGAUCCUGUUGUGAUUUUGUGAAAACCUCAGACGAUCUCGACGUUGGGAAGAAGAUAACUAGCAAAGAUGGAGGAAGCAGCAUAUGGUGAGCAGAGGGCCUUGCAGAUUGAUGAUGUACAUCAGCUGAUAGUGAUUAAAGAGGAGGAGAAGUGGAAGUCAGACCAGGAGGACCAGAAGCCUCCACAGGUUAAAGAGGAACAGGAGGGGAAAAAGAUCACUGAGUUAAUAUUUAAUCCGGUUCCUGUGAAAAGUGAAGAUGAGGAAGAGAAACCUCAGCUCCCAGAGCUUCAUCACAACCAAACCAAGGAAAACAGAGACUUUGUUGGACCAGAACCAGAUCAACAAUUAGAAUCAGAUGGUGAAGAUGAAACUUCUGAUUCUUCUUCAGAGUCCUCAGAGACGGACGUCAGUGAUGGAAACUGGGAGGAGAGCAGUGAAGCUCAGAUGGACGCUAAAUCCUUCUAUGGUGCGAGGCCACGCACUCUUCUCGCCCUUGUACCAGAAAAUCCUCAAGAAUCUGAUGGUGAUCUGAGCGAUGAUGACCAAGUAGAAGAUCCUGAUUAUCAGCCCACACAAGCAGAUGAUACUGGAGACAGCUCUUUUGAAUCCCUGGAUGAAGAGGAGGCUCCCUCAAAAAGCAGAUCUUCUACACAGCCACCUCGUAAAAAGAGCAGGAAAGGGAAACGCACUCUAAAAACUGUUCCCUUGGAGCAGCCAAAUGACAACGCCGACCCAAGUUCCACCCCAGGCCCCAACAAAAGCACAAAAAGAAUCUGGAAGCAGGAAGACAUUGAUGAGUUCCAGGUUCUUAAUUCAAAAUUUGAACCCCCUGAAGCUGUGCCCUCACCCUUCCAGUAUUUCAAAAUGCUCUUCACUGAUGAGAUGAUUGAACAUAUCGCACAUCACACCAAUUUGUACUCUGCUCAAGAGUUGGGGGAUCCAAUCAAGACUAGCCCUGAAGAGAUAGAGCAUUUCCUAGCGAUCCUUCUUUUUAUGGGUGUUUUCAAUUUCCCGUCACUGGAGGACUACUGGCACCAUGAAUCACGCUUCGACCUGAUCACUGACAUCAUGCCAAGGAGGAGAUUCCAGCUGUUACGGCGAUACAUUCAUUUCAAUGAUAAUCAGCAGUGCAGUGAGAGUCGGGACAGAUUUUACAAAAUCCGUCCCCUUUUUGAAAUGCUUCGUGAGCAGUGUCUCCUGAUACCAUCCACUCACAAGCACAGUGUCGAUGAGGUCAUGGUAGCAUAUAAAGGCACAAGAGCUGGUACCCUCCGCCAGUACAUCGCCAACAAGCCAGACAAGUGGGGCUUUAAAUUAUUCUGUAGAGGAAGUUCAUCCGGCAUCAUCCACGACCUGCUGCUUUAUCAAGGGGCAUCCACGUUCUUCAAUGUUGCUCUCAGUGAAGAGGAGCAGGCCCUGCCUCUGGGAGCAAAAGUGGUGACAACGCUCUGCAAAACCAUAAAAGAGCCCCAGAUGUCUGUUGUCUUUUGUGACCACUUCUUUACAAGUUUCAACUUGGUUCAGUACCUGCACACUGCCCUUGGUGUCAAGUGCAUCGGCACCGUACGACCAAACCGCACUGGUGGAGCUCCAUUGAUGACAGACAAAGACCUGAUUAAAAGGGGGCGUGGGGCCUGUGACUUUAGGGCUGCUGAAGGGGUUCUUGCAGUGAAGUGGUUCGAUAACAAAUGUGUCAACUUGCUUAGUAAUGCCUGUGGGAUCAUGCCCUUUUCAACAGUGAAACGCUGGAGCAAAGAGUCCCGCGCAAAGAUCACCAUCCCGUGCCCAUCACUCAUCUCUGCCUACAAUGAGCAUAUGGGAGGAAUCGAUCUGUCUGACAUGCUAGUACACCUGUACAAGACCCCGGCCAAGUCAAGGAGAUGGUAUUUUCCCCUGUUUGGAUACAUCCUGGACCUCUGCAUUGCAAAUUCCUGGCUACUCUACAAAAGGGACAGCAGCCUCCUGAAUGAGAAACCCAUGUCUCUCAAACGGUUCCGCCUCGCAGUUGCCCACAGUUUGAAUCAGUUCAAUAAGCCAGCAUCCAAAGUUGGCCGACCAUCUUGCAGCUCUCCACCACCUGAGAAGACAGGCUACAUCCCAAGACCAUCACGACCAAAACCACAAACAGAUGUGCGCUAUGACAACGUGGGACACUGGCCUCUUCACUGUGAAAAGCGAGGGAGAUGCAAUCUGUGUCCAAAGGGAGUGUCCAGGUGGAAAUGUGAGAAAUGUAAUGUCUUCCUGUGUUUGAAUGCAAACCAGGAAUGCUUUAAGUUUUAUCACCAGAGGUAAAGUGCAUCUAAUGCACAAAAAGAAUGCUGUUCUGCAAACACAUAGAUGAGUUUGGAAAUGUGAUGUGUUAAUAUGUUUGGUAAUGUUUUUCUGUGUUUGCCAUUUUUUUUCAAAGUUUAAAUGAAAACAAGUAACACUAGUUCAGUCAAUCCUCCAGAUACGUGAGACUUGUGUCCCAAAAUACAUGAUGUUGCACCAAAACAGAAAAGGUGUGCUGAGAUAUAAAAGCAACAAAUGUUUCUAUUGUUCUGCAGUAUUUUCUUUUCCUUUUUGAAUGUAAAAAUGAAUAUUUUGCACUGUUGCCUAUAAUCAGAAGUGGAUUGAAUGUGAGAAUUUCGUGCUGUUGCACUUUAAUACAGAUACAGUCAAGAUGGGAAAAUUAAAAAUGCAAUAUUUCCUUGUUCGACGCAAUAUUUUCCUUGGUUGAAAUUAAAACCAGUGUUUUGUGGCAUUUUGACAGAAAUAAACUGUAUCCAAUGCCCCAGACAUUUUUUGUUGUUUAUUUCUUUAUAAAUUAGCAUUUUAUUUUAAUUUAUCUACUGUACUUGGUAUUUUUAUUAUGUCGUGUACUUAAACCAUUAAGUGACAUCUCAACUGUUUGGUAGAGAUCAAUAUUUUAAAAACCACAAUUGGAAAAAAAUAUUGAUUGUGUAUGUGAGUCACCUUAGGGUAAAAGAAAUGCAAAGAAAUAAAUUUUCACAGGUUUUUUUCUUGGUGUGGUUGUUAAAGGAACUUUUAAAAAAAAGUUCUUGUUAAGGUAGCCAUGGUAACGGAAAAGGUUAACCGCAAAACUGAAAAAGGAUAAAAGGAAACUAAAUUUUUGUUUGUCGAUAAGGAACAAUGUCAGUAACUUUGAUUUUAGUUUGAACAAUUUGAGAUUUUUAAAGAAAAAUCUGUGAUUCCUGUGUUAAUGGAAAUAAUUCUACUAAUGUAAUGAGUUAUUCAUAACAAGAGACAGAGAAACGAUUACUUGUUCUUUUCUAGCCUUUGUGUUGGUAGAUGAAUGAUUUCAAUAAAUAAUUUAACCAUCAGUUCAGGCCUCACGAUUGGCUGGAUGCUACAUUAUAACUAUUCUCUGAAUUUCUUCUCACACUAGUUUGUUUUUGUAAUUUUGUUUUUGCUUAGAGUGGGUCUAAAACUCUGUUGUACACUGUUGGCUUCCACAUAUUUUAAAAUAAGUCUUUAUUGCCACAGUAGAAAGAGCAGAGAGGAGACAUCAGAGACCAUCAGCAGGAUGAUGGUCUCCUCUGGUAUGGAAAGAUUAUAACUCUGAGAAAAAGAUAAAAGAUCAAGCGCAGGGAGUAUAUAACGUAGUCUACAUUUAGACAUUUAAAAAAUAAAAUUCUGAUGUUAUUUGAGCACUGUGUUAUUUAUGGUCGUAAAGGCAGCACAUAUAGUCUAUUCAGUAGUUAUCUUAAUUUUGCUUUUGUUCAUUUCCAUGGCGUCGCUUUCUGUGAUGUGUCUAAUUACCCUGUUACUUUGUCACUUCUAUUUCAUUUUGUGUGAAAAGCUGCAGUGAUGUUAGUCAUGCAUUACUUGGUAAUGUGCUACUAAACCAACCCCUUGUUUUUGUAAUGAGUAAUAUGACACGUUAAUAUUUUCAAUACUGACUUAGUCACUGUGCGUGACCAUUUUUGUCAUUUUAUCGUAGUAAAUAAUAUAUAUUUCACUUUCAUCUUGAAUAUAGAUAAAUGCAAUUCUUGUGUAAGCUUAAAGUGCGGUUCUAAUCAAGCUUUUAUUUUGAAGCCCAAUGUGACGAAUAACGGAAGUAGUUGUCUCCUAGCCUCAAACUUCAGUUGGUCUUCCGACGUGGUUUUAAAUUGUUUAUGUUGCAGCAACGUUCUUGCGUUCCUCGGUAGUCCGCUAAUUCCGGGAAUAAAUUGAAUCAUCUUUAAUUCAAGUGCAAAAGUUGUUUUCCCUGUUGCUUUUCACAUACAGUAUUUAAAAAAAUAAAUCUUUAUUGAUACAAUAGAAAGAACAAAGUCGGAACAGGGUUUUUACAGAAGUUUAAAAAUUACUCUCAUCCCCACUCCAAAAUAUUUUUGUUCGCUUUGUAGAGAGAAUAGAGACCAUCUGUAGCUUAGAUUUAGACAUUUUUUAGUUUUUUUUUUCUUUUCGGAUAUGACUUGACUUUGAUGUUAUUUGUGUUCGUAAAUGCAGCAGAUAUAGGUCAUUCAAUGUUUAUGUUGAUUAAUUUGGCACAUUUGACAAAACAUUUGACUUGUGUUUAUGCCAUCAAAUUAAGGCUUAUUUCCUUUUGAAAAUAAUUUAUUGACAAAUGUUUAUCCAGAUUUCAAAGUAAAUCUGGUAAUUACCGUCUUAAAAUUGAAACAACUCAACUUGAACUUUUGUCAAACCAAUUGGCUGGUUUUAAGUAAACUGUGAAUUUUUUACUUUCUAGUUUCCUUUUCUUGUAUUGCUGUAUUACUUUGUUUUAAGGAUUUUAAAAAUAGCUUUAUGAUUUUAACUGCCUUUUUGUGUAGACUUCUGCUUUUUGUAUGAAAAUGGCUAAAUAAAUUAAAUGUACUUAUUUUAUGGUGGGGUCAUUGGUAACCUCAUAGGAACACACAAUCUCAUUUAUUGAAUAAAACUUUAAAUACGGCUCCUGAGUAGCUUUAAGAUGCUUUAAAUUCAUAAAAUAGACAUGUUAAGCCACAUUCCGUACCAGUAGGUGGCGGUAUUGCUUAAUAAAUGUUUCUUUCCAUCCGCCAAUAAAAAUAAAGAAAAAAAGCUUUUAUUUUGAAUGCCUCCGUGACCCGACGAAUAGCGGAAGUAGUUGUCUCCUAGCAGCGAGUUUUGAUUCCUUUCAUUAUUUUUGUACAAUUUUCUUGUGUUGGCUUCCCGAUUAUAUUAAAACGCAUCAUUAAAUCCACCUUGAAUUUAUAUUAGUUGUGAAGUUUUUCUUUAGUUUUAUCUAUUUCCUCCUCGUAGGUUUAGCCUAGCCUGUUAGCUGGAAGGAAACGGGAAUGCAGCGAGUCAGAGAAAGUUUGGUGAUUUAUAAAGAGAGAAACGUUUCUAGUUUUAUUUUGUGAAAAUCUCAGAAGGUCUCAGCGUCGGAGAGAAAACGAUUAACAAAUGGAGGAACCAGCACAUGACUUCCAGCAGCUGGUGGGGAUCAAAGAGGAGGAGAACUGGAGUCCCAAACCAGACCAGGAGGACCAGAAGCCUCCACAGAUUAAAGAGGAGCAGGAGGAGAAUGACAUCACCGAGUUAAAAUUCAAUCCAGUUCCUGUGAAAAGUGAAGAUGAUGAAGAGAAACCUUGGAUCCCAGAGCUUCAUCACAGCCAAACUGAGAAAAACCGAGACCUUGUAGGACCAGAACCAGAUCAAUGUUUAAAAUCAGUUUGUAGCAAAGCUGUUACUUUAAAAAGUUAUUUACAAAAACACACAAAAAUACAUGCAGAGGAAAAACUUUGCACAUGUUCUGUAUGUAAUGCAGGUUUUAAAACUAAAAACAUUUUAGUAGAACACACAAUAACUCACGUUAGCGAAAGGCCUUUCAGCUGCUCAGUCAAAUGCAGGUCACAUCUAUCUGCUCAAAUGUGUGGUAAUACCGGAAACAAGCCUUACAGCUGCUUGGUCUGUGGAAAGACCUUUGCUUACCUUACGAGCCUAAAAUGUCACCUCAGACGUCACACAGGAGAAAAACCGUAGAGCUGCUCCGUCUGUACAGCGACGUUCAUAUGGAAGAACAUUCAAGAACCAUGCAAGAAUUCAUAUGGAUGAAAACCGUCCAGUUGCACGGACUGCAGUCAAAGACUCAGCUAGACUGAUUUGAAGAAUAAGCUGUCCACUUUUCAGCUUCUCUGUCUAAAAUGUUUCUUUACUCCCAGGAAAACACUGGACCUUCAGCUGAAGAGAAGCUGUGUAACUGUAAAACAUUUAUUGUAAUAGGAACUAAAUAUGAUGACAUGAUUUGAUUGUCUUGGUUUGAAUUUAAUCUUCACUCAAUUGGACCCAGUAUAAGGAAAUUUUUAAAGUAAAAUCAAGAACAUAAUGGUCAGCCCUGAGCAUCCUCCUUAUGACACUGCGAUACAACAACGGAGUCUCUUCAAUUCAAAAAUACUUCAUUAACCCCAGACAGAAAGCAAAUGGCUUUUUAAAAAAAUCACUCCUGGAAGGUUAAGGAAGAUAAAAACCUCUAAUCUGGCAACUGCUAUUUAUAAAUUGAAACAGCUCAACUUGAGUUUCUCUUAAUUAUUUGUUGUUUUUUUUAAAGGACCCAAUGAAGUCCAUAAAUUUUUUGUGAGAAGACUUUUUUUUUUUUUUA